GAAGUGGGGUAGAAGACGAGAAACGGCUUCUUGUAAUCUUCUUUACAACUGCCACCCCAUAAACAAUACCUUCACAUCCCCAAAACACACCUUCCUUUCUCCCCUAUAUUUUUGUCUCCUAAUUUUAUUCUUCCACAAAAUUUCCCUCUUAUUUUUUUUUUUCACUUUUAUCCUUAUUUGACUAAAAUUCUGCUUCAACCAAUUCUUUGAGGGUCACAAAAAAAUAUUAGGUUGUUUUUUGUUGGUCUAUCUAUAAAUCUUUCCAUUUUUUUCUGUGUCCAAUUUUACGGGUUACAUUACAAGUGUAAUUUUGUGUUGAUCUGUAUUCAAGGGGUUGACGCAACCAUUGAAAUAUAGUUACAAAAGGAGAAAGAUGUGUGGUAUCACUAGAUUUUUGGACAAACUUUAUAUUUUCGAAGAAGGGGGAUCUAGUUAUUGUUCAAAGAAGAAGGAUGAUAUUCGUAAUGAGGAAGCUGGUCGAGCAUUGAGCAUGUCGAGACUAAAAUGCGUCCUUCGUGGUCUGGACCUGAAAACAUAUAUCUUUCUUUUUUUGUUGGUUCCAACCUGUAUGUUUGGUAUAUAUGUGCAUGGACAGAAAAUCACUUAUUUUCUACGGCCUUUGUGGGAAAAGCCUCCAAAGCCUUUCCAUGAAAUGCCUCACUAUUAUCAUGAGAAUGUGUCAAUGGCGAAUCUCUGUAAACUUCACGGAUGGGGAAUUCGGGAGUACCCAAGGCGUGUCUUUGAUGCAGUGUUGUUCAGUAAUGAGUUGGAAAUGCUGACCAUACGGUGGAAAGAGCUGUACCCUUAUAUAACAGAGUUUGUUGUACUUGAAUCCAAUUCAACAUUUACCGGAUUGCCAAAGCCUUCGUACUUUGCUAAUCAUAGAGAUCAGUUUGUAUUCGUUGAAUCAAGAUUGACAUAUGGGCAAAUCCCCGGGAGAUUCAGGAAAGGAGAGAACCCUUUUGUUGAGGAAGCUUAUCAAAGACUUGCAUUGGAUUACCUCCUCAAACAAGCUGGUAUUCAGGAUGAUGAUUUACUGAUAAUGUCGGAUGUUGAUGAGAUACCUAGCAGACAUACCAUCAAUCUCUUGAGGUGGUGUGAUGACAUACCUCAAGUUCUUCAUCUCCGAUUGAAGAACUAUCUCUACUCUUUUGAGUUCCUUGUGGAUAACAAUAGCUGGAGAGCUUCUGUUCAUCGGUACCAAUCUGGUAAGACUAGGUAUGCACAUUAUCGGCAGUCAGAUAUCAUUUUGGCAGAUGCAGGAUGGCAUUGUAGCUUUUGUUUCCGUCACAUAAGUGAGUUCAUUUUCAAGAUGAAAGCCUACAGCCAUUUUGACAGGGUCAGAUUUUCUCAUUUUCUGAAUCCAAAGAGAGUGCAAAAGGUAAUUUGUGAAGGAGCUGAUUUAUUUGAUAUGCUACCGGAGGAGUACACAUUUAGGGACAUCAUAGGCAAAAUGGGACCUAUUCCCCACUCCUACUCUGCUGUUCACCUUCCAGCUUAUCUUUUGGAAAAUGCAGACGAAUAUAAGUUUCUCUUGCCCGGUAAUUGCAUGAGAGAAAGUGGCUGAUCUGGGAGUGGUAGGUUCUGUUUUCUUUCCCUCAAUGUCGAGGGUGCAGUUUUGCGUUGCUCCUUGUGAAGCAAAUAGAGGAUCCUUAACAUGUCCAACAGUUGCAUCUCCAGAAACUAUUUGGAAUGUCCGGAUGAAUACUCAGAUUUGGGAAUUGAAGGGUUGCCUUGUACAUACUUCUUAGAGAAGGCUUUUUCAGGAUCAGGCAUGUCUGUUCAAUGAACGGGGAGUUUUUCUGUUGGAGUUAUUAGUUUAAAGUUGUGCAUAACUCUGUAUUCUGUAGUGUACCAUUUCCUCAUUAUGCUCCAGGAUAACAUUUUACAAUUUUUGGGGCUUUUCCCCAGGAUGAGAAAUUUUUGAAUAGGGACUAAUUUAUUCAUAUACUUGUAUACUUUGUGUUGCUAUUUCUCUCCGACCUUAUAGUGUUCAUUUGUUAA